CUAGUUUAUUUCAUCCAUCCAUCCAUUUUCCGUACCGCUUUCAGUAAAAAAAAACAAAAAAAACUUCAACUAGAUUUUAAAUUAGUUAUACGUACUGUAAUUUGUUCAGGUUGCUGUCUAUUGAUUGUGGUUUGUUUCGUAUCGUCUCCACGCGACAGGUGACUGUAAAUUUACUCGUAUGACAUCAGUGGUCGUAAGAAAUACGUUUCCCAGGGUGCAUUUCGUGUUUUUUUUUCGACCACGCUUUCUUUUGACUACCAUGUAUUUUGUAAUUUAAUAAUGCCUGCAAAUAAUGUUACUGGUUAGUUUUCGUGUUUAUCUAAACAUGAAUAAUAAAAUAAUUUUUACGUUAUGCGAAACGUCUUCGUUUAAAGACUCUAAGAACUACAUCUCCCAUUAGCCUUUUCGACCGAACGGCAAUGGUUCUGCACGGCACCAGUAGCCACUGUACUUGUUAAAAUAUAUGUGGUCAGACAAAACGUUUGCACCCAUGUACUGCUUUAUAGUUUUCGCUGUAUUUUUCGGAUCUUGUGCGAGUAGCUCGAUCACAAAAGCGUCGGACUCUUCUCACAGCGCCUACGAGAACUACGUCACGUACAUAUGGCACAACCGGCUCUACUUGUACACGGCCGCCGCACUCACCAUCACGCUGUGGUUCUCGCUCAACAUAUUCCUCAAGAAGAAAACCUUCUCAAAGGAUGUCAUCAGCCCCUGGGUCCAGGAGGCCACCAAGAAAGACGAGUGCUGUGCUAAACCUGCUGAAGUUCAGAGUUUCGCAAAGGAGAUGUCGGCAGACGUGAGGAGUUUGGGCCUGCCGGCCGAGGUGAUGGACAUGAAGGAUUACGAUCCGGACGAUCGGCUGGCUGAAGAGUGCAGCAGCAAGUGUGUGUGCGUGUUCCUGGUGGCCACGUACACGGAUGGGCGGCCCACCGACAACGCCGACUGGUUCUGCAAGUGGCUGGAGGAGGCGUCCACCGACUUCCGCUAUGGGAAGACGUACCUGAGGGGCCUCCGCUACGCCGUGUUUGGCCUGGGAAACUCGCUCUACGCCGCCCAUUACAACACGGUGGGCAAAAACGUGGACAAGUGGCUGUGGAUGCUGAGCGCCUCCCGCGUCCUGACCCGCGGCGAAGGCGAUUGCAAUGUGGCCAAGAGCGCCAAUGGCAGCGUCCAGGCCGACUUCCUGGCCUGGAAGCUCAAGUUCCUCAAACGUCUGCGGGAUCUCUGCCGGGACGACGACGACGACGACAAGUGCUGCGGGAAACGCGAGAAGGGUACUUCCUGUGUCAAGACGGAUGGACAGGAAGUCGAAGCGUACGAGAACGCCGCUCUGGAUCAUAACUACACUGAGGAGGAGCCGGUGGAGUCGAGCAGUGACGACGACUCGCCAACCUCCCCCUCCGUGUUGGAUGUGGAGGAUCUGGGCAGCCUGAUGAUGAGCAACGUCAAACAGAUUCCCUCAGACGGCGGGCAGGUGGCCAAGCGCUCCAGGAAGGUGGCGAGGAAGAGCCAAGAGGAAAAAGAGGAAGAGCGACGGGAGAUGAUCACACCCGCCCUGAGAGAAGCUCUGAGUAAACAAGGUUACAAGCUGAUCGGAAGUCACUCAGGGGUGAAGCUGUGCCGUUGGACCAAGUCCAUGCUGCGAGGCCGAGGUGGCUGCUACAAGCACACCUUCUAUGGCAUCCAGUCCCACCGCUGCAUGGAGACCACGCCCAGUCUGGCCUGCGCCAACAAAUGCGUCUUCUGCUGGAGGCACCACACCAAUCCGGUGGGCACCGAGUGGCGCUGGAAGAUGGACCCCGCCGAGAAGAUCCUGCAGGACGCGCUGGAGAAGCAUCAGGACAUGAUCCGACAGUUUCGAGGCGUCCCCGGCGUGAAGCGGGAGCGUUACGAGGAGGGUCUGACGGUGCAGCACUGCGCUCUGUCCCUGGUGGGCGAGCCCAUCAUGUACCCCGAGAUCAACCGCUUCGUGCGCCUCCUCCACUCCCGACGCAUUUCAAGCUUCCUGGUCACCAACGCGCAGUUCCCCGAGGAAAUCAGGAGCUUGGAUCCCGUCACGCAGCUGUAUGUGAGCGUGGACGCCAGCACCAAGGAGAGCCUGAAGAAGAUCGACAGGCCGCUCUUUAAGGACUUCUGGACGCGAUUCCUAGACAGCCUCAAGGCCCUGGCGGAGAAGAGGCAGCGAACGGUGUACCGUCUGACGCUGGUGAAGUCGUGGAACGUGGACGAGCUGACGGCCUACUCUGAGCUCGUCGCCUUAGGCCAGCCCGACUUCAUCGAGGUCAAGGGCGUGACGUACUGCGGCGAGAGUUCGGCCAGCAAUCUGACCAUGGCCAACGUCCCGUGGCACCGGGAAGUGGUCGACUUUGCGCGGCAGCUGCUCGACUUGCUGCCCGGUUACGACAUCGCCUGCGAGCACGAGCACUCCAACUGCCUGCUCAUUGCGCACAACAAGUUUAAGGUGGACGGCGAGUGGCGAACGUGGAUCGACUACGAGCGCUUCCAGGACCUGGCCCGGGCCCAACUGGAGAGCGGCGGCCAGAAGGUCUUCGCCUCGUCGGACUACACAGCGCCAACCCCCGACUGGGCGCUCUUUGGGGCCCGCGAGCGGGGCUUCGACCCGGCCGAAAGCCGCUUCCAGAGGCGCAACAAAGGCAAAGACGUCUCCGGAUGCUGACGGCGCCGCUGGGACCGGGACUUUGCGUCGGCUCUUGUUUUCAGGACGUUCCCUUUCUCUGUUGUUGUUGGGGUUUUUUGGGGUUGUUUUUUUUUGGUUUCCUAGUCAACUGACAAAAUUGAAUCUGGUGAGCAAUUGAUACCAGUUGAUUAAAUUCAAUCGAUCCUCUCGGCAGCUUCAUUAGCGGCCUGGUUAUAGAGCGCAGUUGUCAAACUCGAGGCCGGUUGCUUACAUCUGGCCCGUUAAACAGAUUAGUUCUUUUCAUUUUAGCAGAAUGUCUGUCCCAAAUUUUACAUUUUCCUUCACUGUUAGCAGAUAAUACUGAACAGGCAUUUUCCCUUCGUAAUACCAGACAAUGUUAGCCCGUCAUUGGCAAAUUCACCUUUUUUUUUUUUUAGCCUAUUCUCCAUUACAUAGUGAAAAGGAACUACCGUAUUUUCGCGACCAUACGGCGCAUCGUAUUAAAAGGCGCGGUCUCAGUUACGGGGUCAAUUCAUGCAUUUAACACAUACAUAAGGCGGACCGUAUUAUUGGGCGCAGGCAUGGUAAAACAUACGCUAGCUUAAAACAUACGGUAGCAUGCAUGCACGCAAAAAGGCAGCGGGAGCAUAACUCAGUUCGGUUGUACUUUAUUGAAGUCUUUAGCAAUGUACUCGCGUUAUUUUUUGAUCAAUCCUCAUCCACAAAUCCAUGAAAGUUGUUCUGUAUCAUGUCCUGUAUCCGAAAUGAACAGCUGGGCAAUUUCGCCACCAAACAUGCCGGGUUCCCUCUCGUCAUUGUCGGGGUCAGUCUCGUUGCCGGGGGGCUGUUCAGCAAUGAUGCCGGCGUUUUCCUGCUUCCUCCACUUGCGGAGCGCUCAUUAAAGUCACACAACAACAUUUACAGAUUUUGGAACUCGGUGCACACACAAGGCGCCCCAUCCAUUUUGGAGAAAAAUUUAAGACUGCGCCUUAUGGCCGUGAAAAUACGGUACGUUAAAGUACGCUGAGGAGGUUCUUUGCCAGCGGCUAUGUUGAAGUGAGUUGAGGAGCUUUGUUUCGACAAAGGUAGUGCUUUGCCACCAUCCUGUGGCAUGUUGGUGUCAGGGAACUAUGUUAACAUCAGUUGAGGAGCUUCAUUUUGACAAAAGUAGUUCGCUGCCGUCUUUUGGCAUGUUGGUAUCAUGUCUGUGUUGGAGUGAGUAGAGAGGAGCUUCAUUUAGACAAAGACCCUUUCGUGGCAUCUUGGUGCCAAAGAACUAUGUUGACGUGAGUUGAGGAUUUUCAAGUGCUUUGCCACCAUUUUGUGACAUCUUGAAGCAAUUAUAAAAAAAAUUUGCGCGGGGUCAUGAAUUUUCACGAUUCAUGCAGUGGAGUACUGAAAUAUUUGGUUGUCACAAUUUUUUUCCAUGAUUGUGAUUUCAAAUUCAAUUUGUUAAAUGUAUAACAAUUCAAUGACAAUUGUCUAUUUGUAAUUUAUGAGGUGAUUAUACGUUUAUGAUUUUCACUGUCAUAACUGCCCUGUUUGGGGCAAUUUCCAUGAAAAUAUUGGAUUAGGUUCCUGAUAAAUUACAUUCGUGUCAAAACUUGAAAUCUUGCUGAUGUAUGAAAAUUGAGCACAUUGUUUUGAAUUAUUAUUCAUAUUGUUUUUUUUUCAUUUGUAUGGAUACAUUAAAUUCAAUGUCAUCCGUC